GGCAAUUAGAGCGCACAUCGUCCAUCUCGACAAAUCGAAUACCGGUCAUCCUUAUGCCGGAUUCGGCACUCUGCGAUUGAACUCCACGUGCCUCGUACCUCGUGACACAGAGUGACUCACAUCGAAGCAGCCCUGUCCUAAACGCCAACGACGCGGCCUCUGAUUGUGCGGCCUCUCACCAAUACCGGCAUUGCGCGGGUAACGUCCAGGAACAUCGGACCGCGGGCGGCGUAGGUCCUGUCGGGUCGGGUCCGCCGGGUACACCCGGGUGCAGGGUUCGCGAAGCAGAAGACGACUGAAUCUGAUCCGUUGUCCGCUGUCGCGUGUGGCUGGGCGAUCGAGCUGUGCUCAUUUGUGCCUAUCUAGAGUCACGGGGCAGGUCUUUCUCCGUGAAGGGUGAGCCCGAAUGACAUGCUCUGACGCAGUUGACGAGCCAGCCACACACUUUCUCCGUGAGGGCUUUUUGGAUGGGUUUCUCACACACACACAAGUGCAAGAUCUGCGGGAAAUGCGUUCUUGGAGACGGCGGGGACUUCCAGUACGUUAGUUUGCUCUUCUGGUCAUUCGAAGUCCCGCCGCUGUAGGGCAGAAUCCAUCGAAGAGGCUGUUUCUGUUCCCAUCCAAUCAACAGCGAAACAAAUCAAACCAUUUGUGGCAGUGAACGUGUUUGUCGCCGACAAUUGGCCUACUGGAUCCCGCUGAUCAAGAUCGCGGGCCACAUCGUGGAUGAUCAUGAUGGUUCUCCUUGAAGUUCAGCUCGCGCAGCCUCGAGGGGGCUCGGACUGAUCAUCUGCGCAUUCGCCGUGAUGCUUCGAGAGAUUCUCACUUUCUCGCCCUCGUGUGGCACUGCGUGGGGAUACAGUAUUGAUAGUCGAGCACUGCCAUCAUUAGCCGUCGGCCCUUGAAGGAUCUGCUUUCGUCCCUGAAAAGGAUCGACAUGCUUAUCCGAGGACAGGGAGGGCUUUGCAUCCUCGUACCCUUCCAGUCGCUUUUGGUCCGGCCGAUCGCACGUCUCCCCGCUCCUGCGACACUCAAUCUCUCUCCUUCUCCGCCUUCUAGAUAAUGGCUUACUGGCUGGAAGCAUCGACGGGCGCCGAUGCGCUGACACUCGAGCACCUGCAGGCGCAUGCCACCUCGCUGAGACGGUCGAUUUCACCAAUCAGUGACGACCCAAUGCAAGCCGCCUACCCCCUCACUGCCGCAACCUACGGGGACUACAUCGGUGGCUGCAGUUGGACGCCGCCUGUGGCGCAGGACGCGGAUUCCCCCACGGUGGACGUGCUGCACUCGGUACUCCAAUCGCGCAAGAGCUGGAAGAAAUUUCGUGGCGGGGAGACAGUGUGGCCUCUAGAGCUUGAGUCUGCGUUGUUAGAAGGUCUAGGCGCGUACGAGCCCGACGAUUCGCGCGAGACACGGAUGCUCGGGCGUUUUCCGCGUCGCAACCGGUUCAUAUCAGACUACAUUUUCGAGAAAACGGGCCAGCGCCGGUCCGCGAAGCAGGUGGGCAGUCGGCUACAGCAACUUAGAGAGUCGUGUGGCGGGCAAAAAUCCGUGCUCCACCUUCUCUCGCCUUUCAAACGCCAAUAUCCGCGACGUCGAGAUUCCCCUUCUCCGUUCCCCUCGUCUCCGGACGGGUCUUACGCCCCGCGGCACGUCGCCGUCUGUAUCGACAUUGUUCCACAGGAAGAUGCCGGGGACACGACACGGGCUGUAUCGCCAUCGUCCAGUUGUGCAUACUCCGACUCUGGCGAUUGUGCAAUCUUUCACCCUUCCCCCGGUCCUCGGCGUCUUGCGGACAUUGACCCGACAAUCACGCUGAAAGCAUCCGUCGUUGUAUGCGCCGAAUCGCGCUUCACUGUUCAGACAGAGGGGUCUGUGAUCCACGUUGAAGCGGUUCCGCUCCAGCUCGUCUAUCGUCCAGAGGAAACAAGCGGCGAAAUGACUCUUUACAGCACGCCAUUUGUACCGAACUAUUGGGAUGUUAUUACCCGUAGCCCAGACCCCACACGCUUCUCGAUCUUCCACGAGGUCCUACGCGUCGAAGAACACGCGUCCAAAGGCCCCGAAGUCGUUCUAUUUUCCGCAACAUAUCGAUUCAGCUACUCCACCGUCGCGUCAGCCUCGGAUUCAAGCCGGAAUUCAUCCCCACAGGCACAGUCGCGAGAUCACUGCGACCCUGGAUCCCUGAGUGAGAGAGACAGCUACACCCCUGACGUCCACGUCCCCGACGAGGAGGACGAAGACGUCAAGUGGCACCAAGUCUCCGCGCUGCCGCUGUACGAUUACGCGAACCCAGGCCUCCCGAUUCGCAGGCCGGGCUCGUCGAGUACCAGCACAACUUCAACGACGACGCGAACGAGCACGUGUUUCCCACUCGAGCUUUCGAAUUACGUAUCUUGAGGUUAAUACUUAUUACGCUUGCGCCGGGCGCGGAGUCUACGAUACCCCCAUUACUUACUGUCGAUGCAUAUCUCCUCGA